UAAUGACUAAGUUGAUGGAUCAUCUUUUGGAAUAAUAAAUAAAUUGGGAAAAACUGCAAUCAUUUCCAAAGUAGAGAAUUAGAAUUCAUGGAAUUUUACACAUAUCCAUCUCCUUUGCCCCCAUCUUCAUCUUCCGUGUUAUCAUUUGGGUAUUUCCUUGAGAAAAUUAAAGGAUGUUUCAGCUUCGCCGUGUCUGCAAUUAUAGGAAAUGUAUUCUCUGCAAUUUUCACCUUUUUCUUUGCAAUAGUGGGUACUUUAUUAGGAGCAAUGACCGGAGCUCUAAUAGGGCAAGAGACGGAGAGUGGGUUUGUUAGAGGGGCUGCCGUUGGUGCCAUUUCUGGUGCUGUUUUCUCGAUUGAAGUCUUCGAGUCUUCACUGCUUUUAUGGCAAUCUGAUGAAUCUGGCGUUGGGUGUAUCCUGUACUUGAUUGAUGUGAUUGCGAGCCUUUUAAGCGGUAGACUUGUCCGCGAGCGCAUUGGUCCAGCUAUGCUUAGUGCUGUGCAAAGUCAAAUGGGAGCUGUGGAAACAACUACAUUUGAAGAGGUCCAGAACAUUUUUGACACGGGCGGGGCAAAAGGUUUGGCUGGAGACACAGUUGAAAAGAUCCCAAAGAUUACAAUUGGUAAAGAUGAAAAUGUUGAUGCUUCUGGGGAGAGAGUUUCUUGUUCAGUCUGCCUUCAGGACUUCCAGGUCGAGGAAACUGUUCGACGUUUGCCUCAGUGCCACCACAUGUUUCAUCUACCUUGCAUUGAUACCUGGCUGCUUAGACAUGGAUCUUGCCCACUGUGUAGGAGGGACCUGUAAUGCUAUCUUCUCUUCUCUGUAUAUUAUUUAUUUACAUAAAAGACCGCUUGUUUGAUUUCAACAUACCUAUCUAGGCUUUCUUUAUUUGUUAGACAAACCUUCAGUUAUACAAAUUUUCCAUGUGUAAUUUAGGUUUGAAUUUGAUUAAUUGAGUUUAUUCAUUGUAAUUGGAUCAAAUUUUGUAUACUGAAUUUUGGGAUAUUGGAUGUUUA